UUUCUGGUAUUCCUUUCAAUCAUCUCUCUUUCAACUAAAUCGAGGAAGCUUACACUACUGAUUCCUACAUGAGAACUUAGUGAAGUUCCCAUAACUUACGAUGUUACAACAGAAUUGUCAUCAGACUCCUGUGACGGAAAAUGUCUUUUUGUCUGUCGCUUGACUUGUCUUGGAGACUCCACUAUGGACCAAGAUGUAUCUCUUUAUCCAUUCUUAUCUUAUCUAGUCAAUCUAUGAAUGCAGACCGGUUCUUGAAACUCUGUUGGUACGCCAGGACAAGAUAAGGAAUGUGUGAGCUUUGCGAUUGGUAGUCCUUGAUCUCCUAGGUCUGGACAUGCUGAAAUGAGUUUCAAUGAUCGAUUCCUGUGUGAGACAUGUUGACUGAAGCUAACUUUAAAGAAGGAACCUCUGAGCACAGUGAAGAGUGUUUUACAGGUUUUGUUUCCCAAUCCCCUGCAUAUAGCAAGAACUGUGAAUAUUGUUGCCACGCCUAAAGAUCAUCCUAGUUCGGACUGCAUUGCCAGGAGUCAACUUCUCAAAAUGGCGGCAGAAAAGCUAACAUUAACCGAUGCCUUAUCCAACGUCGACGCCUUAGAUGAGCUUACGUUACCUGAUGAACAACCGUGUAUCGAAGCUCAGCCAUGCUCUGUCAUUUAUCAAGCUAACUUUGAUACCAACUUCAAAGACCGGAAUGGGUUCGUCACUGGCAUAGCAAAGUACAUUGAAGAAGCCAUCGUUCACGCCAGUUUGAAUGUACUGUUGAAAGAUGGCUUGGAACAUUCGGUCAUGCUGUACAUGUGGAGAUGUUGCUCUCGAGCCAUCCCGCAACCGAAGUCGAAUGAGCAGCCGAACCAGGUGGAAAUCUAUGAAAAGACUGUUAUAGUAGUAGCUCCUGAAGUGAAAAAGCUGCUUAAUUUCAUGUAUUUUCAGGUGAGCAUUCUAAUUUUGUUAAUUUUCGACAUUUGGUAGGUAAUUGAAGUGGUGUAUUUUAGGUAAAAACUUGUAUCACAUUCUCUACCAAUGUGUCUAAGAAGUGUAACUGAUUUUGCUGGGCCAGAAAAACAUGCAGGAAAAAGGGGAUAUUUGAAUGCUUCAAACCACAAUUUCCACUAAUCGCCACAAUGCUAGAACUUAGUUUAGGUUACCCCCCUUACAAGCCCUCUGCUUGUUAGUUCGGUGUUAAAACUGGUGAUGGUGCCUAUAUUGCACAAGUGUGUGAUCUUUUAUUUAUUUACUUAUUUGUUUGUUUAGUAUGAAUUGGUACAAUUCAAAGGCUAAAAAUUGUUAUAGUGCAUGCAAAAUAUCGAUCACCGUGCCUGAAAUUAUUUGACGCAUUUAGCAAGAAAAUGGUCUUGGAAUUGA